AUGGCAACUCCAUCCAAGUACUCCGACUUUGACCAAAAAGAUGUUGUUUACAAGACCGUUAACGACCAAGAUAUAUCAACCACGAUCCUAGUACCGAAGAAUAUCACGCCAGGGAAGCACCCUCUGCUGGUACAUUUCCAUGGCGGUUUCCUGAUUUGUGGCUCGAAACUUUACGAGGAGUGGCAUGCGACAUGGACGAUUCAACUCGCAGCUCAGAAGAAUGCAAUCUUGGUCACACCAAAUUACCGACUCCUACCUGAAGCCAACGGAAGAGAAGUGCUCGACGACAUCAGCGAUUUCUGGUCCUGGGUGAAGACGUCUUUACCAUCGGAAGUUGCAAAGAUGGCAAGUGGAGUGGAGGUAGACACCACCAAUACGUUAGUAGCCGGAGAAUCAGCAGGCGGCUACCUAGCCAUCCAAUCCUCCCUCCUCCACCCAUCCGCAGGCAUCAAAGCCGUGAUAUCACAAUACGGCAUGCUCGACAACAAAAUCCCACAUUUCACCCAAAAAGGCCAAAAACACAUGGCGGGAGCACCCCAACAGCCCGAAUCAGAAGUAGAUGAUUACCUCCAAGAUAUGCAAAAAGGAGCUGUGAGGACGGAAACCCAUCCGUGGGAAAUGUGGUUGUUCAUCUGUGCGACCGUGCAAGCUGGAAGGUAUUUGGAGUUUUUGGGCGAUGGCGUGGGUGUGCAUGCGAUUGAUAAUCUUGAGACGGCUGAGAGGGUGCCUGCAUGUUGGAUCAUACACGGCAAAGAAGAUUCGCUUGUGCCAAUCGAAGCGUCAAACAAUUUUGUCGACAAGUUGAAGCAGACGCAUCCUAUUACCCCGUUGAGGUAUACGAUACAGCCUGGUGAGCAUGGAUUUGAUGGUGCGGUGAACAUGGAUGAGGACUGGGUCAAAGAAGGAUGUGCUUGGCUCGAAAAGUAUUGGCCAUGA